UUUCUGCCUUCCCGAGUCUCCAGAAGUUAUUGUUUUACUAUACUACUCCGGAGUAGCUUCCGUGGAUGUGCCCGUCGGGUCCAGAUCAACUCUGACUUGGCCCUCUCGCUAUGGUUCCAGGUUCAUGACAUGAACACGUUGACUAGAUGCACAAAUCCUGCUACUUGCAUACAUGCCAUACCGGAUACUACCUACUACUAUCUUUUCCUUGAUUCGCCGUCGACUUGGAACAUUCAUGUGAAAAGAUGAAAGAUUGAAAUGACGUGGACAAUUUAAUCCUGUUAUAGGACCCUCGCUAACUAGCCCGAUACUUGUUCUCGCGACAAAUCUAUCGAAUAUUUCAUUAGCAUUAUUCACUCGUUUUAUUACUGGACUAGAUUCAGGAGAACGAAUGGACCCCGAAGCUGAAUCCGCGAGAGUUGAGUUUGUUCGUCCUCAUCUCUCGGAGUAUACUCCGUCCUACGUAUACUAUUACGCACUCCAUGAGAUUUACUAUAGAUAUUAACGGUAAACUUGUUUCUGCACGGACUGUUCAUCGGUUGUUAAUAUUAUCUCCCAUGUGGACUUGGAGGUGGUCUUUGCGUCAAGCGAGAUGGCCCUCAGCCGAUCGCAAUAAACUCCUAGGUUCGUGGGAGCUGCCUAGAAUUAGAUGUCUAUCCACCAUCUCCCUCCUCCUGAUAUGCUGUAUGGGACAACUCCUUACGUCGUCCGUUUGGUAUGUCUUAAUUUUAAUAUUAGCGUUUCGGAUUAUUUUCUUGACCAAAGAGUUUGGGAGAGCUGGGAGGGCUUCUCAACGAGCGGUUUGAUAUUGUUCACUCCAUCUACAUACACCUGGGAAAUGAG